UUGAGGGAUAAAGCUGAAAAAUUUAUUACUAUUUUUAAAAUAUUUUGUAAUCUUUAAGUUGUAUUAAACAAUUAUUAAUGGGAAAUGUGGAAAGUUUUCAAAUAAGACACGCAUGUGGACCAAAAGGUUGCAGCAUAAGAUAUACAGCCCUAUUUUGGACGGGAUUAUUUAUGUUAAUUCAGGCAAUAAUCGUUUUAAUUAGUAUAAUUCCGUUAACUCCUGCACACGCCCAAUACGUGGAACUAGAAAGACGAUGUUAUCGAGUUUUUUUCCUUUUUAUGCUCAUCCAUUUAAAUUUAUACAUAGCGGCUUUUGUUGGGAUAUAUUUGAGAUUUAAAGAAUUACUUCUUCCAUGGUUAUUAAUCCAAGGAUCAUUUAUAGUGCUUUUAUUUUUAACAGCUUCUGUAUUAUUCAUCAUCAUUGAAUAUUUUAUAUUUGUGGUGUUACUUGGACUUAUAUACCUUUAUCAUUGGGUUCUUGUGCAUAGCUAUUAUCAUAAAUUAGCUUUGGAUUUUGUGCCAUCAUAUCUCGAUGCAGAUUAUAGUGGAUUUCUUUAAAUCAAGAAAUAAACAAAGAAAAAAAUUGAUUGUAAUCAAUGGAAUCAUUGAUAACGCCAUAUUGUUUUCCUGGAAAAAAUACCUUAAGUGUAUUAACUAAAAUAUGUGCGAUAACUCACUUGUUUAUGUCUGCUGGUAUGCUAACAAUUACUGUGAUUAUUAUUAGUUAUUGGUUUGUUGAUUCACAUUUAGAAAUAUUAAUAAAGAAUUUGAGUUAUAUUUUGAACGUAAAAAUAAACGAAACAAACACGAAUCAAAGUAGUCAAUAUAUAGCUAUUUUAUUAUCGAUUGGAAUCUUUUUUAUGGUAUCGCUAAUAAUUAAUAUCCUCCAUGUAUUC